GUGGUUGACAUAGAAGCAAACACCAUCGCUGUUGUUGGUCCAGCAUUGAGUGGGGUAAAUUCGCCCAAGAAUUUUUUGAGCUGGUGAGGUUAGUGAUUCAAAAUUUAUUUAGUAUUGCAAUGUAGGUACCACCACCACAAUCUCAACUGCUUUGUGCCUUUUUUUUUGUAAAGCCUGGUGCGCAACAAUAAACUUUUGGAAACAUAAUACUUAACACAUGCACACCGGUGAUUAAAUAUUAGGGCAUUUUUUCUAAUGUAAAGAAAAGAAGGAUGAAGUUGGGAGCAGAAUAGCGCUGAAAACCCACUGCCAAUCGAAUUGACACUCAUCACAAUACAAUACUCUUGUAUUUCCUUAGAAACUUUCUGUGCAACAGGGAACAACUAAAAGAAAGGCUGUGGAAACCUGGCGUGAUUGAACACCCAAUGCAGAGUGACUAAGAGUGACUGUGGUGUGUUUGUGUUAAAGGUUUGUGACAUUGUUUUUUUAAGGGGAGGAACAUGGGAAAAAAGCAAUUAUUCUGUUUUGUAUUAAUCACAUUAUUGUAUCUGUAGAUUGUGGGGUGCAUUGCAAGGAUUCAACAUUCCAUGUCACUUUUGACAAGGUAAGCACCCACAGUUAUUAAUUUUUAUUCCAGGGAUCACUUGCGAAUAUCAAAAACAAAACUUAUUAGGUACUAACUAACCUUUAGAGGAAUGAAUUUACGAGUGAAGUCGUUUGAAAAUAGAUGUAAAUUAGGUUACAAUUUACUACCUGGUUUGGUGAAAAACAAGCUUUUUACUUAUGUAGGGGCCCUGUGAGACCUCGCACAAAGAGCCUUGCUUCCCGAUACUGUAGUCCUACUAGAUAAAACUCUUUCAAACAACACUGUUCUCAACAGGCCAUUCCUGUUUGUCUGUUUAGAAUGCCUUUACCAUUUCUUGUUGUCCCUGUGCUUGGGCCUUGACUGAUAAAGCCAGGAGAUGAAAAGUGUCUGGAAAGUGUGGACAUGUUUAUGUUAUUAUAAUUAUGGUCAUCAGGCAAUUGAUAGUUAGAGUUACUUUUUUCUGCAGGUCCUGAAUUGCUACUUUAAGGCUAAGGUGAAGCUACAGGGGUGCACAGUUACCUAUAAUAAACAUUAUUGGAUGAGUUUUUUGUGAUAUUAUCUGGAAUAAUCAAGGUCGAGGUAAGUGUUAUCAGCCGAGCCGAAGGCCGAGGCUGAUAACACUUAAUUACUGACACCUUGAUUAUUUUGGAUAUCACAAAAUCCGAAUCUAAUAAUUGUUUUAUUAUGCAUUGUUUUAAAAUAAAUAACAACAAAUACACUGACUCACAGAAAUGAUUUGACCUUGCUCUUGGAAAUCAUUAACUGUAGGAUCUUUAGCCAAUGAGAAGAAUAAUAGUUAGCGAGUACAAUGUAUUAUAAUAAUAGUAAUUAUUAUUCAAAGAGUAUAAAAUUAGUACCAACGACAGUGGUGUGAACAGUUCUUCAUAGCAAAAAAUUAAUAAGAAAUCACCAUGCCAAUUAACCUUUUGUCAGAUGCUGUCAUGAUUAUGUUUUGUUCAAGCAUCUCAGGGGAAAGUAAUAGCUCAUCCGUUAAAAGGCAGAAAUAACAGAUAAUUGACUAAAAUUGACAAGGAGAGUUUGUCCCUGCCGUUUUUCAGUCGGUUUUGUUGAUAAAUUCUGUCAGUUAGAUAAUAAUAAUUAUUAGCUGGACCCCUCUCUAAGAUGGACUUUUAGACCCUUGGGCUGUUCCCAGGGGUGAUCAGCAUCAAAUUUCUCUGUUUAAUAUCAGUGCUUUGUAAAACAGAGUGGUCAUGAGAAUUAUGGACAUGAUCACUUAAGAUGAAUUUCCUUCAGUUGAUAAUUUAUAAACUUCUCCCUACUACUUCUGUAGGAAAUUGAAUAGGGGCAACAAAUGAGAAUUCAAAUUUUGAUCUUAGGGUUUAAAGGGUUAAAAAGAGUUAAUUGUAUCAUUAUCUCAACGUAGUUUUUGUCUCCAUUUAGACGAAUAUUCUGGAACGGAAUGGAAAAAUAAUAUUGGAGUAUGGCAAACACCUGCAAGAAUGUACAGGUAAUUUAGCU